GGCGGGAGGGAUGGAGCGGAGUCCGCGGAGUCACGCCGGGACGCCCCGGGGAGCAGGGGUCGGGUGCAGGGCCCGAGGCCAGUGACCCGCGGGGCAGGGCUGUAAGGAAAACCGCUGGCGGGGGGAGUUUGGAAAAGCCAGGCCUUGGCUGCCCGGGACGAGCCCGUUCCAUGUCGGAGCAGCAUCGCGCCCCCCGGCCAGCCCAGGAGAGCAGAGGGGCGGCUCAGCCCAGGAAAAGGUGACCAGGAUGCAGUACCAUGGGAAGCCCUGGAGGUCCAUGUGCAAGGGGCUGGUCCUGGGGACCCUCCUGACCAGCUUCAUGCUGCUGCUCUACUCCUACGCUGUCCCCCCACUGCAAGUCAGCAUGACAGAGAUCCCCAUCACCUCCUCCUGCUCCUCCAGCCCAGCCCCUGGCCGGGUGCCGGCGGCGACCAACGGCACGGGCGGCCCCUUGGGAGGGCGCUGCCUGCCCAAGCUGAACGUCAUGUUCAUGAAGACCCACAAGACGGCCAGCAGCACCAUCCUCAACAUCCUCUUCCGCUUCGGCGAGAAGCACGGCUUGAAGUUCGCCUUCCCCAACGGCCGCAACGACUUCUACUACCCCUCGUACUUCGAGCGCAGCCAAGUGCGGCACUACCGGCCCGGCGCCUGCUUCAACAUCAUCUGCAACCACAUGCGCUUCCACUACCAGGAGGUGCGCAAGCUCCUGCCACCAGACGCCACCUUCGUGACGGUGCUGAGGGACCCUGCCUACCUCUUCGAGUCCUCUUUCCACUACUUCGGGCGCGUCAUCCCCCUCACCUGGAAGCUGUCGGGGGAGGACAAGCUGGCUGAGUUCCUCUGGGACCCCUGGCAGUACUACGACCCCAACGGGUUCAACGCUCACUACCUCCAAAACCUCCUCUUCUUUGACUUGGGCUACGACAACAACAUGAACGCCAACAGCCCUCAGGUGGAGGAGCACAUCCAGGAGAUAGACCAGCGUUUCCACCUCAUCAUGUUGCUCGAGUACUUUGAUGAGUCCCUGGUGCUGCUGAAGGACCUGCUGUGCUGGCAGCUGGAGGACAUCCUCUACUUCAAGCUCAACGCCCGGAAGGGUUCCACCAUCUCCCGCCUGACACCUGAGCUCUACGAGAAGGCCACCUCCUGGAACCUCAUCGACGCCAAGCUCUACCGCUACUUCAACGCUACCUUCUGGCGGAAGGUGGAGGCCUACGGGAGGGAGCGGAUGGCCAAGGACGUGGCUGAGCUGCAGAGGGAGAAUGAGAAGAUGAAGAGCAUCUGCAUCGAUGGGGGACACCCUGUGGACGCCAGCGCCAUUCAGGAGUCCUCCAUGCAGCCCUGGCAGCCGCUGGGGGAGAAGUCCAUCCUGGGCUACAAUUUGAAGAAGAAGAUCAACAAGAAGCACCGGAAACUGUGCCGCAAGAUGCUGACACCUGAAAUCCAGUACCUGACUGACCUGGGGGUCAACCUCUGGAUCACCAAGCUGUGGAGCCACGUGCGGGACUUCCUGAAGUGGUAGGAGAUGGUGGACACGCUGCUCUCCCAGGGCAGGAACCAGGUGCUUUCCCUUCUUACUCGUGGUGGCUUUUGGUUGGACAUGAGCAGAAGCAGCUGGAGGCUCCACAGAAACGCUGUCACCAUCCUGCUGAGCCCCCACUUGGGCUAUCACCCACCAGCAGGGGAGCGGGACCUCUGCCUCCACCCCUGGAAUCGAGGACUGGGAGGCGGGAUAUUCCCAGCUGGAUCCUUCCCGCAGAAAGGCUGGAGGAGAUAUCCAUGGUGGAUGUGGCCUUGUCACAGCAGGAGCAGGACAUCCAUCCCCACAUGGCUGGAGACGCACCAUGAGGAGGGCAGGGGUGUGGGUCCCCCUCACCCAGGUGGGCAGUGGCCCCCUGAGAGGUGGGCAGACCUGUGGGUGGAGACCCCCAGGGCUCCUGGGUUCCCCCCUCCCACUCUGGCUUUGGGGCUGCGUGUUGGGGCCCACCACACCUGUCCCCACCCAAGGGUGUGAUGAGUGCAGCACUUUCUCAGCCCACCCUUGGGUGUCAGUCUUUGGCCACCUGGAGCAGGCCAAAAGACACCAUGAUGUCCCCAGCUGGGUUUGGAGGAUGGAAAACCCACCACAGGAGCCCUGGUCCCCAUGGGUGAGGGGUGUUGGUGCAGCAGGUCCCCUCCCAACCCCCCACCAUCCCAGUUAGAGGUUCCCAUGGCCCUGGCCCCUGCAGGGGCCAUCCCAGGAGGUCCAUGGGAUCUGGUGAUAACUGGUGUGGGGAGGAGAGUGGGGAGGAGAUGGGGGAGCAGGGGCCGGUGGCCGCCGUCCCAGUGAUGAUGGUGGGGACAAUCCUGGGGUGUCCUGGUUGGGCUGGAUGACACCGGCAACCCCGUGUCCUGCCGAGAGUGGCCCUGGCCAGGCCUGGAGGUGGCACCCACGGCCGAGCCCCCGGCACGACCCGCCCAGCGCCGCUCCCCGCGGGAACACCGGGAAUAAAAGAGCAGUUCUACUUUUGUAA